GCGAAAUAACAUAGAAUGUGACUUGCAUGCUAGCGUCGCAUAUGUUUACAGUGAAUGUCAAUGCUAAUUUCAAAGGACAAUAUACAAAAUGAACAUUCAUUCUUGGAAUAGAUUUCUAAAAGGAAAACGAUUAUGAACUCCACAAUAGUUACAAUGACAACAUUGAAUGAUUCCGAUGUUUCAUCAGAAACAUAUCCAAGCUCAGAUCAAGUACGCGACGAGGUUGAUAUGGUGGCAAUUAUUUGCAAAAAGUAUAUUGGACCAGUCCUUUGCGUCUCUGGUGUUUUCGGAAAUAUACUCAAUUUAAUUAUUUUAAUUAAAGGACGAUUGAAUAACCCUCCAUACUUUUACCUGAAAGCACUUGCUGUCACAGACAUGUGUGCAUUGGUGCUGUCAUUCCUCCAUCUGAUGGUCUCGAGUAGAUCAACAUUAUACGAAUGGAAAUUUUUUGACGCUUACCUGUUUUUUCCACUUGUUAAUUUUUUCACUGCUUCCAGUGUCUGGCUGACAGUUGGGGUGACAAUAGACAGAUUUUUAUAUGUAAAAGCACCCUUGUGGGCUCGAGCUCAAUUUUCAUUGAGCAGAGCUAAAGUAAGAAUAGCAAUUAUUCUAGUUGCAACAAUUUUUAUCACAGUUCCAAGAUUCCUGUGCUUCAGUCUAGUAGGAGCUACCGACCAAUACCAUCUUUACCCAACAUCGUUUAGAGCAUCACACAAUUACCGCAUUUAUGAUAUAGUUUGCAUUGCACUAUUUCACGUCGCGCCGCUAGUCAUAUUUGUUGUUUGCAAUUCGUAUUUGAUAUAUGCUGUGCAUAAAGCAAGGUCUAUCCGGAAGGAAUAUGAUAUCAGAAACAACAAAGAAAAAGAUUGGCAACUGGAUCAACGGAGAUUUACAAUAACUCUUAUUUCUAUUGUACUAUUGUCUAUAGUAGCCAUCUUACCAUCAACGAUUGGAGAUUUUACUCGGCUGUUACAUAUUCCGUUCUCGCAUUAUCAUAAAUUACGACAUAUAAGUAACAUCUUGCUUCUUCUUAACCUUUCUGUCAACUUCCUGUUGUAUUGCGCAUUCAACAAACGAUUUGUGCGCGUAAUGAAAUCGAUGUUCGGAGGUGGUAUCAUAAGGGUCAAACUGUCAAUACGUAGGACGAAAUCCAGUAGGUAUUCCAGGACUGAAACUCACAUGUAUAUGUAACAGACAUUUGUUCAUAAUAUCAGUGAGAAAAUUUCUAGUUCUGAUCAGGAAAAGAUUAAUUGUAAUAUUUGUAUGUAUCAUAUACAUGUAUGUUGAUGACAUGUAAAUUGACAAAAACUGUAACAUACACUAACGGUAAAAUUAAGUGUUUUUUUUUUUACUUUGUAUGUUGCUUUAUAAGGAGAGGUUAGACAAUAUAAUUGGAGAUAAUAUAAUUGGUUUAUAUACAUACAGCGUGGAUUG